AUGACUACAAGAAGGGCGGCCGCAAGAAGGAUGGAAGAGGAGAUUGUAAAUGAGGGAGUUCCUCCCCAAGGUCCUCAAGAGCCUCAAGGUCCUCAAGCUCCUAAUAAUGAGAGGGAUUUAAAAAAUGUGGAAACAAGGAUGGCUCUCCAAACAUUAACUCAUGCUUUAACGACUCAAGUCACCAGGGAUGCUAGAGUUCAAGUGAACCCCAAUACAAGUAAAACCGCUUCAAGGAUAAGGGAUUUCACAAGAAUGAAUCCCCCUAUGUUCUAUGGCUCCAAAGUGGAUGAAGACCCACAAAGGUUUAUUGAUGAAGUGUUUAAGGUGCUUGAUUUUAUGGGAGGUUCUCCACAAGAGAAGGCGAAACUAGCCGCCUACCAAUUGAAAGAUGUAGCUCAAGAUUGGCAUGAAAAAUGGGAGGAUGAGAGACUCGUAAGAGCGGGCUCGGAACAAAAGCUCAAGCAAGUGAAUAGAGAAGUGAAGAGGGAAAGAAUCGAUGAUGGAAAUUCUUCCAAGGGUAAAUUUGAGGUGCAAGGUAAGCCAAGGUUCAAGAAAAGGUUUUCCAACCAAGGCUCUUCUAGUGCUCCAAAGCAUGAUGGCAAGUGCUUAGUUGGCACGGAUGGUUGCUUUAGUUGUGGGAAGAGCGGCUAUAUGAAGAGAGAUUGUCCCAUGCUAAGGGCUCAAGGAAGAGAGGGCAAGCAAGUCCAUCCUAGUGGUUCAAAUUCUGAUGCUCCCAAGAAGAACCACUUUUAUGCUCUUCAAUCCGGAGGUGACUGA